GCGGGAAGGAGGGAACAUGGAAAAUAUCAGGACAGCCCAACAAAAAGACGGAGUUCCUGAAGGUUGCAGAUCACUCAGCUCUGACAAGCUGUGACAAGUGCUGAUGUGCCUGUAAUUCAAGCUACCGCCAAGCCUUCUUUAAAGAGGACAUACUCAGCCUCCCAAAAGAGGAUAAGGUUGUAGUGUUUAUGACUAACAGGUAAUAAUUCCAGGGCUCACCGAAGGUGCAGUUUGGACGGCAGGAAGCUAAGCGCCCAGAGAAGUUCUGUUUCUUGUUGGAAAAUGAGUGGAAUCAAACUGGUCCGUUGCCCAUGGCAUUUCUUUUCUAUCUCCAUUCUCACAUUAUUGAGCCUGCUGUGCUCAGGCCAGGCCUUGCCAUGGACAAACCCUCCCAUCAAUCCUGAGAAGCACUUCACGUUUAUGUGGAACGCCCCAACUGAGCUAUGUGACAUCCGCUUCGGCAUGCCCCUUGACCUCUCCUACUUCAGCUUUGUCAGCAGCACCCUGAAAACAGCGACAAACCAGAGCAUCUCCAUAUUCUACACUGACCGUUUUGGCAUCUUCCCCUAUGUUGAUGAAGACACUGGAGAGAUGUAUGAUGAGGGUCUGCCACAGCUGGUAGACCUGCACGAGCACCGGGAGUUGGCUGAGGAUGAUAUUGAGUAUUACAUCCCCACUGACUACCCAGGCCUUGCCGUGCUUGACUUUGAGGAAUGGAGGCCUCAGUGGGUCCGAAACUGGGGAAGCAAAGACAUCUACCGACAGAUUUCCAUUGAAAAGGUCAAGAAGAAAAAUGCGUCAUUGUCUGACGAUGAAGCGGAGGAUCGAGCAAAGAUUGUGUUUGAGCGAGCUGCUAAGAGGUACUUUAAUCGAUCCAUCUCGAUUGGGAAGAGACUGAGGCCAAACAGACUUUGGGGUUACUACUUGUACCCUGACUGUUACAACUAUGACUACAACCAGGACAUGGUGGACUUCACAGGAGAGUGUCCCGCCAUAGAGAAGCACAGGAACGAUGAACUUCUGUGGCUCUGGAAAGAGUCCACGGCACUCUUUCCUUCUAUCUACCUGGAACUGGUGCUCAGAGACUCCUAUCAGGCCCGGCUAUAUGUCCGCCAUCGCAUCCAGGAGGCCAUGAGGGUGUCGACCCUCCCCAACAGCACCUACUCCAUUCCCAUCUAUGCCUACAUAAGACCUGUGUACAAGGACAGCAUUGACGACUACAUGUCAGAGUUUGAUCUGGUUAACACCAUUGGAGAAGCUGCUGCUCUUGGUGCCGCCGGUGUCAUUUCUUGGGGAGACAUGAACGUCACAGAUACAGAGGAUUCCUGCUUCGAUGCCCGACGUCACUUGAAUCAGGUCAUGAACCCCUACAUCCUGAAUGUCUCCACGGCCACUCAACUCUGCAGUGAGGCCCUGUGCCAGGGCCGAGGACGCUGUGUGAGAAAGCACUGGGAUGAGGAUGUCUUCCUUCACCUGGACCCACGUCGCUACCAGAUCGAACCCACUAGGCGUCAUGGCCACCUGACUGUGAGGGGUGGCCUUUCACAGGACGACAUCAACUGGUUCGACCGCAGCUUCGACUGCAUUUGCUACAGCAAGGAGCCGUGUCGAUCGGUCCUGACGCUCAACGUCAUCUAUGAGUCUGUCUUCACAACAAGGAAUCAAAGUAAUGACAGGAUGCGCCCUCUCCUGUUGGUGAUAGUACUAAUCUGUGUGAAGUAUGCUAUGAUAUGAAUAUGAAUUAUAGCACACCUAACACCUGCCAGAUGAAAUGAGAGGUUAUUAGUUACUGCCACUCCUCUGUUGUUUUAGCUUGUUGCUCAUUUCUUCUGUAAUUUCUGAAAUUUUUGAUACUUUUGUAUUUUUUCUGCAUUCUCACUAAAGGCUAUUUAUAAUUAAAGCUUUAAAGCUUCUCUACCCAACA